AUGAAUGACCCCGAUAAGCUUGUAUUACCUGCAUACGCUGAAGGCGUUAAAUAUUUCCUCACACAAGCACGAAAUCAUGCAAGUGGAAGGGAUCACAUUCGGUGUCCAUGUCGUGCAUGCCUUAACAAUCUUUGGCUGCCUAUAUUUGAGGUGGAAACCCAUUUGUCUAUUAAAGGGAUCAACCCAGAUUAUACCCAGUGGAUAUUUCAUGGGGAGGAGGAGACAACAUUGUACGUCAGUAAUGAUGAGGAGUAUGACGAUAUCAUCCAAGGAGACGAUUACAUAGAUGACAUGCAGCAUAUGUUGGAUGACAUCCGGGCAGGCACCUUUGUUGAUGUGCACCAAGAUAGCGCUCCUGCGCCAAACAGGCCACCAAUUACUGUAGAUUCACCACCAACAUCUUUUGACCAGCUACUAGAGCAUGCCCGACGCCCGCUUUUCGACGGGUGUAAAGAAUUUUUGAAGCUGUCAUUCGUUGUCAAGUUGUUACACAUCAAAUCAAUUGGUGGAUGGUCAAUUAAGUCAUUUGACAUGCUACUUGAUUUGUUGAGGUCUGCCUUUCCUAAUGCCCUCUUGCCACAAUCAUAUGAGGAGUCAAGGUCUUUGGAGCGCGGUUUGGGCUUCAAGUACAACAAAAUCCAUGCGUGCCCCAACGAUUGCAUAUUAUUUUGGAAGGAAAAUGCUGUUCUAAAUGAAUGCCCUACAUGUAAGGCUUCGAGGUGGAUACCAAAUACACACACGAUACCUCAAAAAGUGUUGCGUCACUUUCCUUUGAAACCGAGAUUGCAGCGUCUCUUUAUGUCAGCAAAGAUAACAGGUGAUAUGCGAUGGCACAAAUUGCAAAGGAUGAUAGAAGAUACAUCUAUGAGACAUCCGGCCGACUCUGAGUGCUAG